CGCAAAAUGGCGGUUGUCCGCCUGCGCCGGCGCAAUUACGUGAUGGCAUGCUCUUCCUCGAGCCAGCUCACAAAAAUUGUAGCGCAUGUGUAAACUUCUGAUUUCUAGGGUUGCAAGUAGUGACCACUCUCCACUUCUAAUGCUAGUCGAAGUGGGCCAUUAUACUCUUGAGUAUGCAUUGAAGCGUCCUGACACUAUUUGCGCUGCAACUUUCUUGUUUGAACAAUGGCUGCAAGCUGGUGUGUUCCCCUCGCCGGCGGUGGCCGCUGCUUGUCUGCUGGCAGGUGGCUGGAGCUGUGCAGAUGGGCCCGCUGCUUCUCCUCUGCCCCGUGCAGCAGUCAGUCAAGGACGAUUCUGAAGAGUAUUCAUGUAGCUUUGGAAACAGAUGCAGCUUCUGCUGUGGAUGUCGGUGGUCCGAAGUGCUCACAAGAGGCUGCAACUGGGUUGCAUUCGAGUUGUCCUCAGGGGUUUGUGUCUAGUCAGGCAGGCAGGUGGUGGUCCUCCCGGCAGAUGAGCAGCCAUGCCACAGCAGCUACUGGCAAGGAGGGGCACGGCGCUGGGGUCCUAGACUUCCCGGGUGCACGAUUUUCUUUUGUGAACGAGCUGCACGUGGUGCCGGAAUCGACGCCUACCCCCAUCCCUUGCUAUCGGGUGCUGGACGAGCUGGGCCAGCUCAUCCCCGGGGCAAAGUACACCCAGGUGUCGGAGGAGCUGGCGGUGGCCAUGUACCGCAAGAUGGCGGUGCUCCAGUCCAUGGACCUCGUCUUCUAUGACGCGCAGCGCCAGGGCCGCUUCAGCUUCUACAUGACCACCGCUGGCGAAGAGGCCAUCAACAUUGCGUCUGGGGCUGCCCUCUCUGACCUGGACACCAUCUUUGCGCAGUAUCGCGAGCCUGGCGUGCUGCUGUGGCGCGGCUUCUCCAUGCUCCAGUUUGCCCACCAGUGCUUUGCCACCUCAGGGGACCUGGGCAAGGGCCGCCAGAUGCCCGUCCACUACGGCUCCAAGGAGCACCGCUUUCACACCAUCUCCUCCCCGCUCGCGACUCAAAUCCCGCAUGCUGUUGGCGCCGCAUACCACGUCAAAAUGUCCCCCGAGGAUGCGUGCGUGGUGACGUACUUUGGGGAGGGCGCUGCCAGUGAAGGCGACUUCCAUGGCGCCAUCAACUUUGCGGCCACCCUCGAGGUGCCCGUCAUCUUUGUCUGCCGCAACAAUGGCUGGGCCAUCAGCACGCCCGCACGCGAGCAGUAUCGAGGGGACGGUAUCGCGGGGCGGGGCCAGGCAUACGGCGUCCGGUCACUUCGCGUUGACGGCAACGACACGUUGGCCAUGUACAGUGCGAUGAAGGCCGCCCGAGAGAUGGCGGUCACCGAGGAGCGGCCCAUCCUGCUCGAGGCCAUGACUUACCGGACGGGCCACCACAGCACGUCGGACGACUCGUCGCGGUACCGCGGGGCGGCGGAGAUCCAGCACUGGAAGCUGCAGCGGGACCCCGUGGCGCGAUUCCGGCGGUGGCUGCAGGGGCAGGGCUGGUGGGACGACGCCCGCGAGGAGGAGCUCAGGAAGAGCGCGCGAGCGGAGGUGAUUGCGGCCUUGGACACGGCGGAGGCUACUGACAAGGCGCCCCUGCGUGACCUGUUCACGGACGUGUACGAUGCGGCCCCGCCCAACCUGGUGGAACAGGAGCGGCAAGUCCGAGCCCACGUGGCAAAGCACAGGGCCGACUAUCCGGACAAUGUGCCACUCGACUGACCGCUCAGGCUCGGGACAGGUAUGUACAUAGAGCUAGAGACCCUGCGGGAAGGUAGCGACCAGCAACCGGAGUUCGUGCGUAGUACACAAGUGCGUUGAGUAGCAUGGGAAUGCGUAAGGGCAGACAAGCUAGAGCAACGAGUAUAAUCGACCGUCACUGACAUCCUAUUGCAGGAGAUUGGUCAACAUGAGCGUGCAAUGAUCAUGUUAGGAAGCUGCAAGCACGGGUAGCAGCUCGAUGGUCGGGGCUUGGACAAAAAAUGCCAUUGCAGUCAGACAUACGUUUCAACUUUAGUGCCGCGCCACAGUCUCUAGAAUCCGGCCGCUAGCAUGGC